CUUCCGGCGGGCUGACCCCUGCGCGCCCCCGCGGGCGGCGGGCGGAAGUUCCGGUGGGAGCCGGGAGGAGAGCGCGCGCCGGGCCCCAGCGAGAGCCAGGUGCGGGCUGCCCUCCCCCGCGGCGGGGGGGCGCGGGGGGGCCGGGCCGGCGGGGGGGCACCGGGCCCGGGGGAGCACGGUGCCAGUGUCAGAGUCCUUCUCGGUGUAUGUGUGGUAACAACAUGUCUGUCCCCCUCCUUGCUGAUGCAGUGACCGUCUCAGGGGCAGAGCGGGAGACUGCUGCGGUCAUUUUUUUACAUGGGCUCGGAGACACAGGGCACAGCUGGGCCGACGCUCUCUCCUCCAUCCGCCUCCCCUACGUGAAAUACAUUUGCCCUCAUGCGCCCCGGAUCCCCGUAACCCUCAACAUGAAGAUGGUGAUGCCCUCCUGGUUUGAUCUGAUGGGGUUGAGUCCGGACGCUCCGGAGGAUGAAGCUGGGAUCAAGAAAGCUGCAGAAAACAUUAAAGCAAUUAUCGAGCACGAGGUCAAGAACGGGAUCCCACCCAACCGCAUCAUCCUGGGGGGCUUCUCACAGGGUGGUGCCUUGUCGCUGUACACGGCGCUCACCUGCCAGCACCAGCUGGCCGGCAUCGUGGCGCUCAGCUGCUGGCUCCCGCUGCACAAGGCCUUCCCGCAGGCAGCGAAUAACGGCGUGAACAAGGACAUCGCCAUCCUGCAGUGUCAUGGGGAGAUGGAUCCCAUGAUCCCCGUCCGCUUUGGGGCCCUCACUGCUGAGAAGCUGAAAUCUGUCGUCACUCCCACCAAGGUCCAGUUUAAAACCUACCCCGGCGUGAUGCACAAUUCCUGUCCUCAGGAGAUGAUGGCGGUGAAGGAGUUCAUCGAGAAGCUGCUGCCCCGGAUCUAAGCGGAGCCAAUCGAGACUGUUGCAGGGAAGGACGCCAAGGUCGCAGCCGCCGAUCUUUCCCCCGUGACCUGUCAGCUGCAAACGGAAGCCAUGGCAACCAACCUCACCUCCCGUCGUGCCCCCGGCCGCCUCCUCUCCCCGUCUCUUAGCACCGCGUCCUGUCCGGCUGGGGGUGCCCCGUCUCUCCCUGCUGCUCUCGGAGCUGAGACUGGAGCUGUCUAAGGCAAGUCUUCAAGUGGCCUUUUCUCUCCUCCUCUUGCUCCGAGCGGUUUCUGCGGAGGUUACCAUCCCCUCGCCUCCCUGUUCAGGCACUGCAGCGCGUGGGCCUGGCGUGGGGCAGGCGAGGUUUUAUUUGUUACAGUAUUAGGGGUGGGACGUGGCCCCGUGCGGCGGGAGGAGCGGCGCGGGCACGGGACAGGGCUCGGGCACCCUCCAGAGCCCCUCCGUGGCCCAGAGCCGCCAAGGUUCCUCCUCUGCCCUCAGCUUGGCCUCUCUGGGGAUGCUCUUGGUCCCUGCUUGGGUGAUUCACGGGUUUUCGAUGACAGUUCAGGAACCCGGGACUCUCCUGCAAGCGCCUAAAGGCCAAAGGAGAGGCUCUGCUCUGGGCUGGGACUUCCAAGGCUGCUCUGUCUCCCAGGCGCUGACAGGACAGUGUCCCCGCAGCCCCUGCAACUCCCGUGUCCUCGCAGGGGCUGCAGUCCUGCCCUGUCGCACACGCACACUCCUUCCCACGGGCCCCGCCGCGGCCUCAUCCCCUGCUCCAGCAAUCUCUGCCGCUGGCCUGCGGCAGCUCUGUCCUCCUCGAGAUAAUCUUCCUCCUCCUCUUGUUGCUUUUACAAUCUCCUCCUCUGCCCUGUGUGGGGGGACUGCGAGAUGCGUCUCCCUUCCUCCGCCCAGCUCUGUGCGCUCAGAGCCCCAGGCAAAGCCCUGCCGUUUACAGCUGGUUUCCAGGGCUUUGCUGUGAAGCCCACCCAGCGCUGGCCCCGGUCCUUCAUGUCUUUCUUGCUGCUACUCCUCCUCCCCUUCGGACCUGGGCUGGCUCAGGGGUGGGAGAGGCGAGGCGAGGGCUGCAGGCCCUGAGGGACAGCUCCUGUCCCAGGCUGGCGCAGCUGGCGGAAGCAUCAUCUCACCAGCAUCUAGUGCGAGGGAGGUGCUGAGCCCCAUCCUGCGGGCCAGCACCGAGGUCUCCUUGCUCCCUCGCGCCGGGGCGAAGGCUGCAGCCCCUUGGCCUUCCCACGUACAAUCAGAGGGUGCCCGGGGCCCUCGCUGCGCCUGCCUCAACCAGCUGGCUGGAGGCUGCAGCCCAGGCCUCUCCCUUCCCCUGCUGGGGGUCAGGCCAUGGCCGGUGCGACUGGCUGUGCUGGCGCCUGAGGGAGGUUGGCACGGGCCAAAGCGCAGGGCCAGGAACAGCCGGCUGGCAGAGCUGCCCCGGGGGCACGGGGGCCUUGUUCCCUCUGCCCCGAACGCCUCCUCCCGCCACGGCCUGUCUCUCGGCCGCCCGCUCCCCUCCCGCAGGGCUGAGGGCACUUGCUGUUGAGCAGCGCUGCCCUUCUCUCCUCUCCUCUCCUCCCUGGGCUGAGCCCACAGCACUGUUGGGCCUUUCUGGGCUGGAGCCGUAAAUGUCUUUUAAAGAACCCGCCCAGGCUACGGGCUGUGGGUCGCUGCCCCAUCCUGCCCCCUUGCACUGCCGAGCCUCUGCUUGGUGCCCCACGGUCAGCAGCGGGCUGUGGCCAGGACCCCAGUGCCAGGGCUGGCACCUCCCUGAGGGGGACAUGACAGCAGGGCGAGGGGCUAAUCCAGCCCUGCUGCCGGGGUGCAGAGCAGGCUGCCCCGGCCGGGCACUGCCCCGCGAGGCAGAGCCGGUGCCAGCCCGUGCGCGGGCUGGGAGGGGGGGUCUCACCUGCUGGCAGCUCUGCUGCGGCCUCCUGCUCGAGCUGCGCCCUCUCCGCCUGGGACGUGCAAAGCAAUAACCCGUUCUCCGGAGACUCGGGUCUGUCAGGCCCAUUCUCGGUUGGUUUCUUGGUUUGUUUUGGGUUUUCUUUCUUUAGGAAGUCUUCAACCAGCAACCUUGCUGCUGGCGUAGGGGGAAGCCGGGCUCUUCCCUGUGCUUGGGGUUCAGUCCCACUGUUUCUUCUACUUCGUGUCUGUGUAAAGCUGCUGCGUCCUCCCCUCCCCUGCUCGCGGCGGGUCGGGGGGAGGCGAGGGGCUCGCUGGGCUGGGGAAACGCAGCUCCCUGGAGGUUACGUUGGGGCUGGCGGACGCACCGACCUAUUUGACUGUGAACUGGAACCUUGUGCGUAGCGAGGGGCCGGCGCGGGCCCGGGACUCGUGGCCAUCCUUGGGCACGGUGUGGGCGGCCGCGCUGGCCCCGUCGCAGAGCAUUCCUGCUCGCUCCCUGCGUGAGCGGCGCGCGCCUCGCCGGGGCGGCCGGGGCCGAGGCCGUGCUGAGGACCGGGGAGGGAGAACGGCUUCUCUCCAUUCCUCAAUACAGCUAUUUUUUUUUCCUCCUCUCUCUCGUCUUCCUUGUACAUGUUUGGGGUUUUUUUGUGUGUGUUCCACAGAGUCAGAUACAAGGUUAAAUAAAUCAUAAACCUCUCCCCGA